GUUUGAAUAAAACAGAUUGAACCACUUUUCGUCGGUGCAUUUGUGGCACACGCCAGCGGACGAAAUCGGAUCAGAUCUUCGGACAGUGCAUCUUUUAAGCCAAAAUGGAUCAAAUAGAGGAAAGUGGUGAAGAUUCGCAAGCUCCAGAAUCGACGUUUGAGGAUGAUCUCGUCCCGAAAGAAAUUACGGACGAAUUUUUCGAGGAGCUGUGUGCGAAAGCUAACUUGACUGUCAAAGAUUUACAGGGAAAUCAGCAAUAUGGGUUAGCAGAAGAUUUUCAGAAGCUGUUGAUAACCGGACAAAAUCUACGCCAGCAACUGAUCGAGGAGCAGGAUCGGAUUGGGAAGAUGCAAGAUGAGGUUGCAGCGGCCGCCGGAAGAGUCGCGCAAGCUAUGCAGAUUUCGCAACGUGACCAAGAUACAAUACAGACGCUGAAGUCGGAAAUUCAAGAUGCGUGGAAACGUGCGGACGCUGCUCAAACCCGCGAACAAAAUGCCCAAGAAGCGAUGAACCUGAUGAGGAACAAGUUUGAAAAGUUGCAUGCAGAUGGCGAUCGUUAUGGUGAUCGGGACGAAGAUGUUGGACCAUCGAUGAACAAACACAAGGAGGGUGUACUUCGGGAACGAGAUCGAUUGUACGUGGAGGUGGAAGAGCUGAACCGCAGAUUACACACCCAGCGCCUGUAUAUGGAGGAAUUGGAAAAGAAAUGUGCCGAUGCGGAAACAAAGGUGAAGGAUCUUUACAAGGUGGUAGAUGAAACCUCAAAUGAAGCGUUCCGUGAUAAGCGCCAGUUAGAAAGUUUGCAAACCGCUCAUAACGAAGUAACGGCCACUCUGGAUAUAAAAACAGAAGAGGCCAAAUAUUUCAAGACCCUAGCAGAAUCAAACCACAAAACAACGGUCCAACAGACCAUGCAAAUUGCGGCGAUUCGUACGAAUCUAGAGCGUAUCAUGACCACGAACAAUCUCACUCAAGUGAAGCUGGCUAAAGCGCAAGCAGAUUUCGACAAUAUGGUACAACUUAAAGAAAAGGUAACCAACGAGCUCAACACAAAGGUUAACAUAUUAAAGCUCAAAGAGGACGAAAACAACAAGUUUCGGCUGGAGAAUGCCAAGUUGUUAAAAACUCGAGAGUUGCUGCAGAAACGUAUCCAGACGAUUGAAGCCGCAAAGGGUAUUACCGAUCAAGAGGUGGCCAAACUGAAGAACACAAUUGUUACCUUUGAGAAGGAACGUGAUGCUUCAAAGAAGUCCUUUGACGUUGCCAAGAAGCAGGUUGAUGCCGUACUUCGGGAACGUGAUCUCGUCCGGAAGGAUUUGGUUAAAUCAAACAAAACUAUUAGUGAUCAAACUGAUCAGAUGAUGUUGCUAGAUAAGCACCAGAAAACACUGGAAAAUGAGAUCAAGGGCUACCAAGCGGCGGCUCAAAAACAACAGACACUCAUGCUCAAGAUUGAGAAGGAUCGCGAUCGCAACGCAGAGGAAGUGCAAAAUAUGUCGGAUAAAAUUGAGCAGCUUAACGAAGAUCUGCUGUAUAAACAAAAAAUGAUCGGCGAACUACGUGAAAAGCUGAAGGACGAUGAGGCAAAGCUGGUUCAAUGCCAAAAUUUGUUAGAAAUCACUCGCGGCGAAAGGAACAUUUUCGAACGUGACCUUACAACAUGCAGCAAGGAGAUGGAAAGUUUGAAGGAGCGUUUGAAAAACGCCAUCCGAGCUGUUGAUCAGUUGAAAGAAGAGAACGCCAACAAAAUGGCAGAACUGUUUAAGGCGAAUAAAACGAUCGAUAAAAAUGAGAAGGAAAAGCAAACACUAAAAUCAGAGGUACAAAAUAUAAGCAUUGCGUUGCAGCAUUCAAAAUCUGAACUUAGCGAGAAGACCAACGAGAAUACUCGACUUAACAAGACACUAUCGGUAAGAUUGUCCUUUUUUGCGGGUGCACAUAUCAAACAAUUUAUUAAUUCAAUGUUUCUCCUUUGUUUGCAGGACGAUGCCACAAGUAUGCUGCGGUUGAAGAAACAGCUGGAAGGAGCUAUAAAUGAGAAAGAUUUGGUGAAGGUACAGUUAACGCAGCGAGUAGAAGAGAUCAAUAAUUUGACCGAAAAACUGAACAUGUUAAAUAUGGCUCUCGAUCGUGGUGAAAAUCAGUAUCGCGAACGGUUGGAUGACAUUCGACUGUUGAAGAUAGAAAUCAGCAACCUUCGCUCUCAGCGAAACCUUUUAACACGCGGGCUAGCGAAUACCGCAGACAUGCGCCAGGAAGUGUUGCAGUUAAACCGUGUCCUUAAUCAGGAACGAGUAAAAGCACGUGCCCUGGAGGACGAAAUGCUCACACCGAUGAAUGUUCAUCGUUGGCGGAAGCUAAGUGGCAAGGAUCCCGAAAAGAUGGAUUUGAUUGUUAAGGUUCAAACAUUGCAACGCCGGGUUCUCUAUCAAUCCGUAACUGUUUCGGAGCAAGAGAAAACCCUACAGCAGUCGGAAAAAAUGUACGACACACUAAAGGAGGUAGUAGAGAAACUACCAAGCCAUAAAGUCAAAGAACGGCUUUCGAUCACGCAGAGAGCACUGACGGCACGUACGAAAAAAUUGAAAGCGCUGGCAGCAGAAAUUCGUAUUAAGGAACUGGAUUGCAAGAGCAAAGAUAGUACACUGGAUCAGCUUAAACAAGCACUACUGGAAACCAAGAAGGAUUUGGCGAAGGAAAAACGCGAGAAAAUAAAAUUAGUCGAAAACCUACGAGGACAUCGGGCCCAUAGCGUGUUGCAUGGUCCCUCGACUGAUACGGACUUUAUCGUGUUUCGCACAACGAGCCAGAGUGCUAACAGCGGCAAUUAUCGUACUUUGGGUUCAGGAUUCAGAGCAAUUUGCUGAACAAGUUAAAAGGACAUCAACUAGAAGACACCACUUGAUGCGUAAUAUCGGAUUUGUUCAUUCAACUCUACUUACUCAGCUUUCAAUGUUUUUUCUCGUUCACAUGCUCUGUAUUACAAAAUUAUUUGAAGCGUGGAAA